AUACAUGUAUUUUCCAUACGAAUCAGGAUCUUGUUUACUGCUGCUUGUUACACUACAGGCACAACAGUGAUUCAAGCUAAUGCUAACACCAGCAUGCUAUCAUGGCACUGAGCAAGCUAACAUGCUAACAUGUAACAUUUAUGAUUAAGGGAUAGUUCACCCAAAAAUGAAAAUGCACUUAUUAUCCACUCACCACUAUGCUGAUGGAAGGCGGGUGAAGUGUUUGAGUCCACAAAACACAUUGAGAGCUUCAGGGGUAAACUUAUAGCAUACGAGUUCAAUACAAUUGGAGUAAAUGGGGGCCGAUUCUUCAAAACAUUAAAAAACAACAGAUAGAAACAUAACAUGCCUCCACACUGCUCCUGUGAUGUCAUCCAAGUGUCAGUAAGCCCCGACAUUCAAAUUAGUUUUUAAGCGGCAUCAUUUACACCGUGUUUUAUGCCUAAAAAGGUCUGCUCUGAUCCUGGGCCCCUCCAUCGGCAUUGUGGUGAUUAGAUAAUGAGUGAAUUUUCAUUUUUGGUGGAAAUAUCCCUGAAACCACCUGAAUAUUUAGUUAUCCACAGAGCUGUGCGGUUAGCUUGGCCAACAAGUAUGUUAUAAUUCACUUCAGAGACUGCAUUCAAUCAAUACAUUUUCUUAUUGACCAGGGCUCAAAUGACUACAUGUAAAUAUAUACAGUAUAGAGAACAGUCAUCUGGCAGCUUCAAGCUACGUAAUUACACCUUUCGCUUUCUUGGUUUAGUUGUACUGCCGGCACCCCAGCUGUUCACUCUCAACAACCUUGUUUCCAGAGACAACAUGCAGCUUUUUUCAGAACAAAAAGAGCCAAACCUCAGACUGUUUAAUCUGUAAAUUCAUUUAAGGAAUUGGGGACAAAAAAUGAGCUAAAAGGACAGUAUACAUGUUUUGGGCAGCCAGCAACGACUCCAAAUGAACACAAACAUGUGUCUGUAUCUGAUGGAAUCUUAACCAAAUGACUGAUCUAUUGCAGAUACAUUCUGCUUCAGAUAUACCCAGUUUUGUAAAACUGAUGACAAAUCUGGUUUUGGAAGGAUUUUAACAUCAAUCCGUUUUACUGAUGGUAUCAUCUACACAUGAAUUACUUUUUCAACCAAGCUACAAUCUAAAAAAAAAAAGUGAUAUGGAAGAAAUGCAGAUGUCAGCACAAAAUAAUGUCUCUUGGAAGUUUUUCAGUCUCAAAAUAGCGACUCUGGCCUUCACAUAUCCACAUAUGUUUUGUGUUGCGGUCCAUAAUAGGGACCAAGUGGAGGGGGGUCACUGUGUGUACAUUGCCUCUGAAAGGCCUUUUGACAGCCAUUAGGAGGAUGUGAUAGUCUGUUGUGGCAGCAGUAACAUAGAGCGACAGAUAACAGCACGUCUGUCAACUGUCAGCCUGGCAGAUGAGUGGCAGAGGCAGGAAAAACUCCAUUCCUUCCCACCUCUGUGAAGAGCCACAAUCAGGAGUGUAUCUGCAGGUCACACAAAGAAGCUCAGGAAUGAAGGACACUUUGUGGAGUGGAAUGAGGGUUCAGAUGACGAAUCAGUCAGUUAUGCAAAUCUGACGUUUGAGUCAUUAAACCUCUGAGAACUCUGACCUCUUGUUGGUGGGAGUCUGCUCCACCAAGUGCAGCAUAUUCAUACAUGCAGUAAUGACAUGUUGGAUGGUGGAGGUUUUUCUCAUUGAUUCAUCCAGUGUCUGAAGCAUCAUUUCUCUUGUUGCUGAUGCAAACCUCAUGAUUAUGUCUGUGCUCCAUUGUAUUUGCUCUUGCUCCAAAAAGGGGGCCUCUUGUGCCCAGAUAAGCCAUUUCAGACGCUGUGUCUGCUUACCAGAAGAGGAAAAACAUUUCAGCAAACAUUGGAGCUUUGCCUAAUGAACACAAGUGAUUAUUUUGUGCUACCCUGUUGUCAUCAGGAGAUACUUGAAAUUCACUCUAUACCCACUGUGAGCUCAGUAUCUCUCAUUCUCCAUCAUUAGGGCCUCACACCUCAUUGCGUUUCAAUUUCAUUUGGACAUUAAUAUAUCCUGUUGCACUCGACAAUAUCAACAGAGUAUUUUGUCGAAAAGAAAUGGUCAAUGGAGUCCAGACAGCAGCUCGCAGAACUCCACCAUUUACAAAGCAAAUAAACAAAUGAAGAAUAUCAAGCCCGGAGCACCCACCCAAACAAAAUAGCGCUUCCACAAGGAAGAGGCUACAGGACAGUGUUUACAAAAUCCUCAUUAAGGUUGUGAGAUAACACACGCUCAUGUGCAUCACACAAAGUUGAAGGCAUGCGCGCACACACACACACACAAACACACGCACACACACACACACACACACUAACACACACACACACACACACACACACACACACACACACACACACACACACACACACACACACAAGCUAAGAGACCAUACGCACCAAGCAAUGCAGAGACCACCAUAUCAUAGAUAAGGGACAGAAAGAAAGAGCUGGGAAGAGGAGAGCAGAGAACAGAGAGAGAGACUGACAGAGGACAGGACACAACAGAGAUGAGUCGGAGGGACAAAGACGAGCCUCGGCCACCCUGUCAGCGGAACUACAGCCCCAACGCAAAGGACAUCAAAAGGUGUGCAUGUGAAUAAAUUCUGUGAGAUCUGGAGGAGAGCAGCAGGAAUACACACUCUUGAGAGGUUCAUCCUGGUCAACCCCAGGGUGAACAACACAACUGACUACUGCCUGGGACAACAGAACUUUUUGAGGCAGCAGAUGAGAUGAAUAAUAUCUAAAUUAACCUUCGGAAUCCAGAGAUAUUUUUCUUGCUGUUGCAUCAGCUCAUCUAUAAACAACCACAGAGGCCAUACAAUAGAAAGCUGCAGAUUGUUUCUCUCAUGGCGAGUAUUUGGGUCUCUCAACUGGGAACCAUCUGCAGCUCAAAGACGUGGCUGCUGCUGUUUUUCAUCCUGCUCCCCAAGGAGCCUCUCUGUGGAGAGAGCAGUCCCAUCUCUGGUGCCCAUCAGAGGCAUCGCCCAGCUCCGGGGCUGGGAGACGGGCACGGAGGGGUGGUGGAUCUGUCACUGCUGGAGCAGGACAGCAAUGUGGACAUGCAGAGCCUGCUGGAGAGCCUGAAGGAACAGUUUAUGCAGACUUUCAACUUGUCGGGCUUGGGUCCUCCGCUGCCUCCGGGGAGCACACGAGAGGAGCCGCCUGAGUACAUGAUGGAGCUCUACAACCGCUUUGCUAAUGACCACACUGCCAUGCCCUCCGCCAACAUCAUCCGCAGCUUCAAAAAUGAAGAUUCAUCUCCGAGAGUUGUGGGUGUUGGAGGAGUGAGGCGUCACCCCCUCCUCUUUAACGUGUCAGUCCCCCAUCAUGAACGCAUCACAGCAGCAGAACUUCGACUCUACACCCUUGUCCAGACUGACCGUCACCUCUACGCUGGUGUCGACCGCAAGGUCACAAUCUAUGAACUAGAAUUGCACGACCUGGACGACAACACGACGGAUGAGAACACUGUGAGAGGAGAUGCUUUAAGAGCGGGAGGAGAGCAGAUAGAGCGGGUGGAGUUGGCUUCACGCCAGGUCUACGGCACUGAUAACGGAUGGGAGGCCUUUGACCUCACUGUUGCUCUCCAACGCUGGCGCAAAUCUGACCAAGGCACCACGCACAGGUUGGAAGUGCAUAUUGCCAGUGUGGCAAAUGAUAAUGUUCAGGGUUCAAUCGAUGACAGCAAAGGCAGUAAUCCACCUGAGGGAGACAUGAAGAUUGACACCAACCCUGAAGAAAAACACAAACCCUUGCUGAUUGUUUUCUCUGAUGACCAAAGCAGUGAUCAUCGUGAUGACAAGCGCGAGCUGAAUGAGAUGAUUGACCACGAAACCUCGAACAUGGUUCUGCCGAAUGAUUUAGAAAGGGGUCUUUGGGGAGAGGUGGAAAGGGACAGGUAUGGGGGGGAGGAAGAGGCUGAGCCAGAGGAGGAGGACCUAUUACAAAUGAGAUCUAAUCUGAUCUAUGACUCAGCUUCUCGCAUUCGUCGCAAUGCCAAAGGCAACCAUUGCAAGAAACAAUCUCUCUAUGUAGAGUUCAAAGAUAUUGGAUGGGACAGUUGGAUCCUGGCACCCACAGGCUACGAUGCCUUUGAGUGCGCUGGAAUUUGCUCAUUCCCACUGACAAAGCAUGUCACACCCACCAAGCAUGCCAUUGUGCAGACAUUGAUCAAUAUCAACAGUCCUCAGAAAGCAGCACGAGCCUGCUGUGUGCCCACCAAGCUCGACCCCAUCUCCCUGCUGUACCUGGAUGACACAGGUGUUGUCACCUACAAGUACAAGUUUGAAGGUAUGGUGGUGGCUGAGUGUGGCUGCAGAUAGUCCACACUCGAGAAGGUUUAACUUAUUAUAAAGUCUUACGGUCGGAGGGAAGACCCUGAACAAACAAUAAGCUGGAUAAGCAGAUAAGCCCAGAAUGUCUUCAACAAGGGGACAACUGUUGGAAUCUCUGUGAGGGUUUUCGCAGUGACAACGGACGUGUACAUGCACUGUCGCGCCAAGUGUGGACAAAUAUGUUUUAAAUGGCAAAACAGAAUAAGUUGCUUCAUCUAACAUAGCCAAAGACGUGUAUAUCAGUUGCCCUCAUUUCGACAAUGGAGAGACAAAGUGUCCAGACUUGUCAACUUGUUGCCAAUAGUGAGAACAAAAGGCAAAAGAUUUCCCGAGGACCAAACCAAGUACAUCCUUCAGUGCAGCCUGGUGGGAACUAGUGGGCCAGCCGCCCCCCUCCCUCUACUUCCCCUGACAUCUGUCUUCCUCUCCAGUUAUCUCUGGCCUCCCCACUCGAUGCAAACACUAAUCAGCACUUCAUGUGUCCUGGUGCAGUGGAAUGACCUCCCACAGGCAACCUGACAAGACAUGAACUCUGUAGGCCCACCUCCUGCCUCCUGCAGCCUCCUGAUACGUAGGUGCUGUGCAGGGUUCCCGGUGAGAGGGUUAUCUUUCCCAACCCUGUUUCCCACGUCACAUGCCUCUUUUCCACUCCCUCAAGCUAAAGCGAUAGCAAGGUGUUGGGGGUUGAGAAACAUGUGAGCCACCGCUUCAGGCCUGGAGAGCUGGACGUCAUUCUGAGCAUCCUUUGAGGUGGUGGGACUGGGGGUUGGGGGUACAUGACAAGAGGGCAGAGGUUGUCCAAAUUCCAAGGCAACAAACAAUCUUAACUGGCUCAAAUCACUGACCCAUCACAAUGUGCCCCCCAACAUAUCUCCAAUUGCUAAAUUGAGUCAUCCAUCAUUUUUAUGUUCAAAUGUCCUCUUUGGAAGCUAAAUAUUAAGAGUGGGAGUGGGGGCCCUCCUCACAUUCCAGUUAUGGAUUUCCAAAGAAAAACUCUUAUUUAAUCAGCCCUUUGAUACCUCUGCUGCUUGUGUCAAAUAAAAGACUAUUUAUUGUUCUAAUUUA